GCUCUGUGUGGCAAAGUCCCCCUGAGCUGCAGGACCAGGAGACAUCUGCUGUGAGUCUGAGCUGAUAAAGAAUUCUGGCUUUCUGAUACCUCCAGUUCCAUCAGGGAGUUCACUCCGGCUGAUUUUGUGUCUACCCUGCUCCCUGUGGACUUCUCCCCUCCAUGGCCCUCCUGGCUCACACCCUGGCACUGCUGGCAAUGGCCGUGGCCACCACGGCCAAGGAGGUGGUGACCCUGGACAUGGCCCAGGACUCCUUUGAUGACCAGUACUGGGACUGCAGCCCUGCCAUGACUGCGGCCUUGCCAGCCCUCAACCGCUCCGAGUUCCAGCAGAACCCUCUCUUUGCCCAGGCCUGGCCAGAGGCCACAGCCGAGUGGCAGAAGCGGGGGUCCCCUCUGUUCCCUCUGUCAUCCCCAGCCCAGGCCAUCGCCCUCAUGGCCUACACGAUGGAUGACCUGUACAAGGAGUUCAACGAGGCCGUGCGCGCAGCCGGGCGCUCCAGCCAGGAAUACCGGGACAACUUCCACUUCAAAACACUGCAUUUCUUGCUGACCCAGGCACUGGUGACAUUGAGGAACACUCAGGGGCCAGAAUGUCACUAUGUGUACCGGGGAGUGCGCUGGGUCCGGUUCAAGGCCGAGUACGGUGACAUCGUCCGGUUCAGUCAAUUCACGUCAGCGUCACAGAGUGCAACAGCUGCCGAGAAGUUUGGGAAUGACACGUUGUUCCAUGUGCAGACAUGCCACGGCGUGGAAAUCCAGCAUUUCUCCUACUAUCCUCACGAGAAGGAGGUGCUGAUCCCACCCUUUGAGACCUUUGAGGUCGUCGAAGUCAGCCAGGAAGAAGACCAGGCGUGGAUCCAGCUCCGCUCCACUGGGACCUUCAGCAACUACAACUGCGAGUGGCUGCGAGGUGGGAGUGCCCCCAGGGCCACCUUCCACUUUGGAGGACUCCUCCUGGCCACCACAGCCCUGGCAGUGGCCACCGGGAUCCUCUGAGCCACGAGACCACCAUGGCCUCCAAGGUAACUGUGGUCACUGCGGCAACCAUGGCCACCAUGGCACCAAGGUCACUGUCAUCACUGUGGCCACCCUGAUCAUGAAGACCCCCAGGACGCCCAGAGAAACGAGGCCACCAAGGUUGCCAAGGCCACCACAGCCACUCUGGCCAACAUGGUCACAAUAACCACCAAGUCCACUGUGGCCACCAUGAUCACCUAGAAUCCCUCAGCCACAAGGCUACCACAGCCACCGUGGCUACCAAUACCAUUUAGCAAAGCAACUGCAAUAAAUAAUUCUAUCAAAACACUUCAGUUAAAUAAAUCUAACAA